GAUUCGUCACGAAGUUCAAUAAAAUCCUCUCCUCAUACCUUCCAUCUCCACCUCGCUAAAGAGUGGCCUUGUUGUCGACAACAUUCAAUCUGUUUGAUCUCUUCGCUAUAUUCUAGACAUAAGAUAGGGUUCGACGCCGACGGGAUUAGGAUUUGCUGGUAGGAAGUGAGAAUCGGAAGUGUUAUUUGUAAUCCUGAUUUUGACAGCAGUAUGAAGUGGCUGAACCUCUCCAUUGGCGUUUACCGGAAAGUGGUCUCCCUUAACUUGUAUUGCAGAGUUAUUCUUUAACUUGCCUUCGUUGCUGCUUAUUUCUUUCUACAACACCUUUUCUCAAACUUCUUUCGAUCUAUGGGACCUAUUUUUCUUUCUUCUUGAAACUAGCUGAAACCCCUCUCUAGAACUCGAAAAGCUUCUCUUUCCCUUUUCUAACUCUUCUCUUUAUCAGCCAGCCUAGAUUAUUACUACUCUUCGAUCACUUUUCUUCUCUUUCUUCCUUUAAUACCUCGCGGCUCUCUGGUGAACGGUUCAACUUGAAGGGAAAGUUAAGUAGUUAUGGUGUGCCAAGCAGCUACUCAGACAAGAUUUCGAGCAUUGAAGCAUGAAAAUGGGUUUGCCGGGGGUGCCAUAAUGAUAGUUAGAGUUAUAGCUUGCUUUCAACCGCAACAGGAUUGCCAGGCCGAGUACUUUCGCCACCUCCUGAAGCCAGUCACGUAGAUUGCCUUCCCUUUUCAUUUCAAUUAUAAUAAAGUUGGAACGUUUACAGUCUAUUGUUAGAGAGAAUCAGCUCUCGAAGAAAGCUUUUCCACUGUUUUUUCUUUGGUGAUUUUGGAUUGUGUUUUCUGCUUCAGAUGUGGAAAUUUAGUUACUUGAAUUUGGGCUAUAACGUUCGGCCACCUGAUGUUGGGCAACAACAGCUUAAUCCAGAUUCUUUGUUAUUUCCGACUUAUACCAGUACCACCAUUGGCUGCUUCACCAGUAAUUCUAUCACUCCAUUUCCUGGUUUGGGAGUUCAGGGGAGCCCCCUUAAUUUGAAUUCAGAGUUCAUUUCGCCUCUGAAUUCACAAGUAUUCAAUCUUGCAAGCAGUUCAUCAAGACUAAAUGCCUCUACUCCAGCAAAGAGGUUCCUUGUUUAUGAUCAUUCUGGAGAUCAAAGAAGCUUGAUAUUUAGUUCAGUAAAUAAUCCAUUCCAGACCCUGAACCCUACUCUACCUUCAAGCAAUGCUAGCUAUGCUUUUGCCUCUAAUUCCCAUUCAAACAACAAACAUGAAGAAAUGCAUGAAGACACUGAAGAAAUUGAUGCACUCCUUUAUUCAGAUUCUGAAUUUUCAUUUGAUUCUGAAGAAGCUAGUACUGGGCACUCCCCUCUGAACAUGAAAGAAGAAGAGGUUAUGGUAUCUAUCCCUCCCAAGCGGCGGAAAUUGGACCCCAAUCAUUCUUCCAUUGAUGAAUCACUCAUCGACACUGCAAGCUCUGCAAUUGCUUCCAACUUCCAGGAAAUUCCAUCUGAUGAUGAUGCAGACAUGAACUAUGUUGACAGUGGCAGCAAUCUGGAUGAUGAAUCGAGAGACAAACAGUUUCAAACUAUAGUAAAAGCUCUGCGAAGGAUCAUCCCCGGUGGUGAUGCCAUGGAUACAGCUGCUGUGCUUGAUGAGGCCAUUAGCUAUCUAAAAUCCCUCAAGCCUCAGGCUAACUCUCUCGAUGCCACAACUGCAAGCAUCUAAAGCUUGAUUUUUCCAACUUUCCCAUCAAAUAUUAUCAGUAGAAGUUUGUAUUGGAAGAUCAAAAAAGAGAACUUUAGGCCAUGAAAACAUGAUUGUGCACGUUUGCAAUGAUGAUAAAGAAGAUUUCAUGACAGAGCCUUCUUUUGACUGUAGACGCGUGCGGGUUGGAAGCAAAUUCAGAAGCCAAAGGAACAUCCAUGCCAAGUUUCCACUGCCGGUGAAAGAAUUUUACUUUCAUGAUGAUUGAGCUUCUUGCUUUCUUCGGCUUGCUUUUCUCUGUUUUGUCCAUUAUAUACAGUGAUGAAGCUUCAUUUGGAUUAAAGUGCGUAUGUGGAGGAUCUGAAAUGUUUCAUGGCGAGUUAUCAUUAUUUUGUGUAUGAAUUUCUCUAUGUUUUGCGUUUUAUGUAAAAUUAUUAUUAACUUGGAAGAUCUGUAUCUUUACGUAAUGGUGAUUUGUGCUAAGGAUAGUAAAUAAUUGAGUUUGGGUGUUGGGAUUAGAAUGUCUAUAUAUAUAUACAAAAUAUGAAGAAAUAAAAUAUUGCUGCUCAAGAUUUUUGUUCA